GUGCAAAAACCGUAGGGUAUGUAGCAAAAUUCGGGGUGCACGCAGCAAAAACCACUCUGAAAUUUGCUAAAACCAGAAGAACAGUAAACUUUACCCCUCAUUUCAGAGCUCAAUCAAUUAGGGAGGGAGAGGGCAAAAGAAGAAGAUGAGUGGGGCUGGGAAGAAGAUAACGGAUGUGGCUUUCAAAGCAUCAAAGAACAUAGACUGGGAUGGUAUGGCCAGGCUCCUCGUCACCGACGAGGCUCGCAAGGAGUUCGCCACUCUACGCCGAGCUUUCGACGAAGUCAAUUCCCAGCUCCAAACCAAGUUCAGCCAGGAACCUGAACCCAUAGAGUGGGAAUAUUAUAGAAGGGGAAUUGGUUCUCGCUUGGUCGAUAUGUGCAAGGAAGCAUAUGACAGCAUUGAGAUCCCCAAGUAUGUGGACACGGUCACUCCUCAAUACAAACCAAAGUUUGACUCUCUGUUGGUGGAACUGAAAGAAGCUGAGGAGAAAUCUGUUAAGGAGUCUGAAAGACUAGAAAAGGAGAUUGCAGAAGUUCAAGACUUGAAGAAAAAGCUCAGUACCAUGACCGCUGAUGAAUACUUUGAGAAGCAUCCUGAUUUAAAGAAGAAGUUUGAUGACGAAAUCCGCAAUGAUUAUUGGGGUUAUUGAUUGUCACUGGGAAUUUUAAAGGGAACUUUCAGUUUGUCCAAGAUGUCAAGGUUGCUGAAUAAGAACCACAAAGGCAUUUUCUUUGUGAUUUGAUUGUCUGGAUCUUUUUGGAAUUAUCAAGUACAACAUGCUUUGGUUUUGACUCUCCAUGAAGCAGCAGUGAUGAUCAGUUAGCUAAUAUUUCAUGUCAAAUGGGACGUAUGAACACAUGUUUGCCCCAUCCAAAAUGAGAAUAUCUUUUGAGUUGUUCAGUUGAAUCAUUAUAUAAGGCUCAUCAUAUGUGGAAAUAUAUUAAAUUUGCAGGGUCUGUCUAUUUUAAA